AUUUUAUUCUAAUAUUUUUGAUAUUUUAAUGUAUUUAUAAAGUUUUUAAUAUAAUUUUUCGGUUUUAUAGUACGUUUUAUAAUUUUCUAAGUUAUUAUUUUAUUAUUAUACGAGUUCAUUGGGAUUAGUAAAUGAUGUGUACUCCUAAUUUAUGAUGUAGUUUGCCUACAAAAUAUAAAUUUAGUAUUGAGAUUCUGUAAAUAUAAUAUAAUACUCAAUAGUAAUAAUAAGGUAUUUUGUAACAAUUCAGCAAGGUGGCAACUAGACGGAGACGUUAAAUAAUAUUUAUUAAAAUAGCAUUAUUAGUGUUGUUAAUUCGUUAUAUAACAAUAAUUUAUUGUAAUAAAUUAGGUAAUGUUUAGAGAUAUUAUGUUGAAUUAUUUUAGACAAUUUAAUCAAAGAUGUGUGCAUAACAAACCAGAUAGACUCCUAAGAAUUUGCUUAAAAUAAUUAAAAGCUCCCCUGGCUCCCCCCAUCAAUUUUAAAACUCAACUUGGGCCUACGUUCAGUGAUUAUCGAGACUUAGAAGUCAAUGGGUAUUACGGAAAUAGGAAGUCCGAAUCUCUAAUGGGCAGACAGUGCAGACUGCUAAGUGCUGAUUCGUAACCAUAGAGUAAUAUUACUUUAAAAAUAUGUGGCUCGUAACUUAGCAAGCAGCUAAUCCGCGGAUCAUGAAUUCAUGUCACCGUUUUACCGUAAAUAAUAGUAAUCACCUGAAUGCAACGAAUAACAUUGAUGGAGUAGGCAACGCCGCCGAGUAUAGACCAAAACAAAAUAAAAUGCGAACUGGCAACGCUUCCGAGCCGUGGUAGUAUCAAAAAUUCAAAAUUCAAAUAUAGCAGACAAAUAUCCCAUUUUUUUUUUGGAAAGGAAGAUGACCAUCAAUCUGGCCCAGGAGUUUGAGUACACGAGCAAAUUCAUUUCGUGCGUAUCCGUUGACAAUUCGUUCGUCUUCUCGACGGACGAAGAAGGUCUGCUGAUCGUUGAUAUCCAGUCUGACCUGUUCAGACCGUCUGCAGACCUCAAGGUAUUUAGGACGUCAAUCCCAUUCUCAAAGGAAAAACCAUUUGAAGAUAAAAAUUUCAAAGAAAUACGUUACCAAAGACCAGUAGUGUGUCAAGAACACAAUUUAGCAGUAUAUCCCAAUAGUAAGAAUUGGCAUGUUAUUUACAUGGGAAACAACAGCAAUAUAGUGUUUUUAGAAAAAAAUAAUAAUAAAUGGAUAGAAAAAUUAAGUGACAUACCACACAAAUGGUUUUUAAUGGUAUCUAAGAAACCUUGUUUCUUAAUUGACAAAAAGAAUCUUAAUAGUCUUAAAACUGAAAAUCGAAUUCUUUAUUAUUGCCGUGAAAAAGAAAAGUCUUUACAAAUUAAAAAUUUUGUUUUUACUCACACUUUGAAACAUGAAAAUGAAGUAGAAGUUUAUGGAACAAUAUGUUGUCAUUUAAAUAGUAUGUUGACAUUUUGGUCAACUUCGUCAGAAAAAUCUGUUUUUUUGACUGAGUUUGAAUUUCACAGUGUUUCUAUAAAACAUAUUAAAUGGUUUCGGAUAUCAAAUGAAUUAUCUUGGUUAGUAGUUUCUUUGACAAAUGGUCAAGUUUUUGUUCAUGAAAUAUUGAACUAUCCUAAUAUAAAUAAUACAUUUAUUUUGUGGCCGGAUGAAGACUUCGCCUGUGUGAAAAACAUUCGAGUAGAAAGUAUUUCAAAUGACCAAUGUCUCAUAUUUUUUACAAAAAUGUCAUUUGUACUGGUGAUGUUGUAUUCACUGACUAAAAAACAAAUUUUAUCGAUAAAAAAAGAAAUGAUUCCUAAGACUGCAAUUAUAACUGGUUUUACAAUUGUAUUAGAAAAAAAUUUGUUAAUACUAGUAACGGAUGUUGGUAAAUUUAUUUGUAUGUAUUUUUCUACUAUAAAAUCAGAAGUAAAUUAUUCUUUAAAAAUAGUAGAUAACAAUUUUAGUGAACAAGUACAAAACUAUACUUGUACAUCAGUAGUUUUUUCAAAAAAUGGGUGUAUUUGUGCUCUUGCAUUUCAAUGCAACAUAGCCAAGUAUAGUAAGAAUGAUGGCCAUGUUAAAAAUAAAUUACUAUUUUGUACAAUUCCUGAAAAUUUAGUGGAACUUGAAAAAAACAUUUUAUCAGUAAAUGAUUAUGAUUAUGAUCAUGUUAUUGAUUGUAUUGAGACUUUAAGGAUUAAUAGAAUGCAUGAUAAAUCAGAUAAAGUAUGCCAGUUAGAUAGGAAAUCAUUAGACAAAUUAUCCAUCCAACAUCUUAAGCUUACUUAUUGGAAUCUAGCCUUCAAAAUUAAGAAAAAUGAACAUGAUGAACUUAUUUUACAAGAGUUACAAAUGUUACUUCAUAUGCGUCAUAUGAUUAGUUAUUUUUCUAAUAAGAAAAAAAAAUUUAAUAAUGAAGACAAAUAUUAUUGUCGAACAAUGCUAUCAUUUUAUAUGAAUAAACUACCUAUAGAAUAUGUUAAAGUCAAUGCGGAUGCUGCUAAUUUGAUUGAUUCUUUUAUUGAUGCUAAACAUACAUACUUUUGCAAAACGUGUGAACGAAUUUUGUUAUCAUUUACUGAUUUUAGAAUGUUUAUUUGUGAACAUGAACACAAAGAACUCAGAUGCCCAGUUACUUUAGGACCACUCGGUAUGCCAAGUUUAGUGUGUUCAAUGUGUUUCACAAUGGCUAAUAUUAAUGCAGAAAAUCAAAGUUGUGUUUGGUGUUUUGGAAAAUAUGUACCUAACAAAUUAUUAUUUUAAGUUCAAGAAAUCAAUGUAAAUUACAAAAUACAGUAAUAAUGUGAAAUUGUUUUUCCAUAA